UUCCUUGCCCGGUCAUUUGCAUCGCGUACGUCUAUCGCGUAUCCGGAAACGUUUUGCGCGGCUGUCAUGUGUACAGUAGGAGUGGGUACGGAUAAACGCAAUCCGAAAGAGGGGAUAACAUUUUCCUUCUUAAAUAAUUUUUAUCAAAACAGUUCUGCAUCAUCGAUUUGCUGCGGUUCUUUGUUCCAUAUACUUUUGCCUCACUUGAUCUCAUGUACUCAUUUGCACCCACUCACCACUUCAUCUUGCUGUUUUGCAUCCUGUCGCUUUCCAGACGAAGAAGGACAAGAUGCUGGCGGUCCUCUUCGCGAGUGGUAUUUGCUAAUGAGCCGGGAAAUUUUCAACCCCAACUAUUGUCUUUUCCGCACAUCGCCUGCCGACCGGGUCACCUACACAAUAAAUCCCAGUUCAUACAUAAACAGUAACCACUUAUCAUACUUCAAAUUUGUCGGUCGAUUUAUUGCAAAGGCAAUCUACGAUAACAAGCUUUUGGAGUGCUACUUCUCCCGCUCAUUUUACAAGCAUAUUCUGGGUGUUCCUGUAAAAUUCUCUGAUCUAGAGAGUGAUGAUUAUGAGUUCUACAAGGGAUUGGAGUUCCUGUUGAAGAAUCAUGUUUCCGACCUGGGUUAUGAGCUGACAUUCAGCACGGAGACAGAAACCCGUGAUCUGAUCGAGAACGGCCGGAAUGUCCCCGUCACGGACCAUAACAAGCGCGAAUACGUGCGUCUGGUGUGCCAGGAACGCAUGACGGGUGCUAUUCGGCAACAGCUUGAUGCUUUCCUGGGUGGUUUCUAUGAGAUCAUACCUAAGCGCUUAAUCAGCGUGUUCAAUGAACAGGAACUGGAGCUAUUGAUCAGUGGUUUGCCCAAUAUAGACAUUGCCGACUUACGCGCGCAUACCAUCUAUUCAAAAUAUCAGGCCAACUCUCCGCAAAUCGAAUGGUUUUGGCGAGCUUUGGAAUCAUUCGAUCAAGAGGACCGCGCACGAUUUUUACAAUUUGUUACAGGCACAAGUAAAGUGCCAUUGGGUGGCUUUGCCAAUCUAGAGGGAAUCCAUGGACCCACUCAGUUCCAGAUCAGUCGUGCUACUGGUUCAAGCACAAGUCAUCUCCCGUGUGCACAUACAUGGUACGUUUUUCAUUACCAACUUACUAUAUAUUGA